AUUUUGAGUUCAAGCAGGGAGCUGGUGCAGAGACUGGGCACACAGGUGGAGGUGAGGACGGCCUUCAUCACGGAGGAGGAGGAGAGGGGUUUCCUACGGGAGUUGGAGCCAGGUCUGAAGAAAAAACGCUACGAGUUCGACCACUGGGACGAUGCUAUUCAUGGGUACCGAGAGACUGAACGUGUAAGGUGGGGGGCAGCGUGUGAGGAGGUCUUGAACCGUGUCCGGUCUGUAGCAUUUCCUGAGGGUAGCCCACUCCUCAGGCCUGUGCACGUUCUAGAUCUGGACAAGACUGGCUACAUCAAGCCUCACAUGGACAGUGUCAAGUUUUGUGGCAGCACUAUUGCUGGGGUGUGUCUUCUGUCAGACAGUAUCAUGCGCUUGGUGAAGGAGGACUGCAAGGAGGAAUGGCUGGACCUCCUGCUGCCCCAACGCUCCCUGUGUUAA